CUCAUUUUUUGUUUCAACAUACUUGUACAGAGAGACAGAGAUAGAGAAACACAGGAUAAGGCAAAACAGGAACUCAAGCCCCAACUCAACCCAACCCAAUCUUCAUCUUCUUCUUCUUGUUCAUCUCUCUAUCUCAAAAAUGGAGACAACCCUUUUGUCCACACCAUUUCCCUCUUCUCCCCACACACUUUCCUCACAAACCCAUUUCAAGAACCCCUUCUACUCCCUCCCCGUCAAGCCUCAAACCCCUUUCAAGCCCUCCUCAAUCCGCUCAGCCAUCAGCCGCACCAAGAAAGAAGAGACUGUCGAAACCGUAAAGCAGCAGCUCGAGAAUUGCCACUUGCUGGCCGGAAUCAAGUACAAGGGCUUCACUGUGCAGCAAUUUCAGCAGCUGCGUGCCACAUUGCCUGAGGACACCUCACUAAUUGUUGCCAAGAACACGUUGGUCCUGAAGGCGAUUGAGAAUACCGAGUGGGAGGCGCUGAAGCCGUGUAUGAAGGGGAUGAAUGCGUGGAUGUUUGUGCAUAGUGAGGAGAUUCAGGGGGCGAUUAAGCCGUAUAGGGUGUUUCAGAAGGAGAAGAAGCUGGAGAAUGACUUUGCGGGGGCGGUGUUUGAAGGGAAUUUUUAUAAGCCCGAGGAGUUUAAGGCGUUGGAGACAAUGCCGACGAGAGCUGAGGUUUACGGGAAGGUGCUGGGAGCAUUGAAGAGUCCGGCUUCGGCUGUGGUUGCCACAUUGCAGGCACCUGCUAGAGAUUUGGUUAUGGUUUUGCAGGCGUAUGUCAAGAAAUUGGAGGAGGAGAGUGGGGGACAGUAGGUGGGAUGAGUGGCAUUCGGAUAAGUGAAUUGUAAGUGUAUGUUAAAAUGGAUUUUAGUUUGAGGGUAUAAUUGUUUGUAUAACUACUUGUUUUGUUCAAUGAAAUGCAAUGCAAUGUUGUUUAUAUA